CUCGACGCCGGACUGGGUAUCCAGGCGUACCUAGACUCUACAUUACCACCGCAUUCGUAUAGAUAAUACAAAUGGCGCAUAUCGCACCAUCUGGGAAGUGGGACGCCAGGUACCUUGGCCCCGUCCCCCAUGAUUCCUCUUACUACGCGAAAGCCAUGCUCGGCGGUGCCCUUGCUUGUGGUUUCACCCACGCAGGUAUCACUCCUCUUGAUGUCACAAAAUGCAAUAUGCAGGUCAACCCUACCAAGUACAAGGGUACUUUCCAGGGUUUCAAGACCAUCUCUGCUGAGGAGGGUGCCAUGGGUCUCUGGAAGGGAUUCGGCCCUACCUUCAUCGGCUACUCUCUUCAGGGCAUGUUCAAGUAUGGCCUCUAUGAAUUCUUCAAGGAUACGUACAUGAAUCUUGCUGGUGAGGAGGCUUCAAGCAAGUACAAGGGUGCUAUCUGGCUUGCUGGCUCUGCUUCUGCCGAGUUCUUCGCCGAUAUUGCCCUCUGUCCUCUGGAAAUGACCAAGGUCAAGAUCCAGACUAGCACCCCUGGCACCUUCCCCAUCCCUACCGGCGCUGCCAUCGCUAAGAUGCGUGAGCUCGCCGUGGAGACCCGUUUCCCCUUCGGUUCGAUUGUGCCCCUCUGGUCGCGCCAGAUCCCAUACACGAUGGCCAAGUUCUUCUUCUUCGAGUACAUCGUCAGCCUCUUCUACAGCCACGUCUUCACUGCGCCCAAGGACACGUACAGCAAGUCUACACAGCUCGGCGUCACCUUCGCGUCCGGUUACCUUGCUGGUGUCGUCUGCGCCGUCGUCUCGCACCCGGCGGACUCGGUCGUCUCCCAAAUGGGCAAGUUGGAGAACCGCGGCAAGGGCUUCGGCCAGAUCGCGUCGGAGGUCGGCCUCGUCAACCUUGCUACCAAGGGUCUCGGCACCCGUGUUAUCAUGAUUGGUACCCUCACCGGCUUCCAGUGGUGGAUCUACGACUCCUUCAAAGCCUCCAUGGGUAUGGGUACCACUGGUGGCAAGUAAACGCUCCCAAAGCGACCGCUGAUUUAUUGUCACGUUGUAUCGCUUUCGCUAUCGUAUCCGGUGCCCAUCCGUUCUAUGUAAUAGACUAUACGGACAUACCCUUUGC